GAAGAGUACGGUGAGGUGACAAUGGGGAUGAGGUUGGAGUCAGUGAUGGUGGAGGAGACUUGAGGGUGGUGGGGAACAGUGACCCUACUGUUUACACAGUGGAAAAGAUACUGAAGAAGAGGAAACGACAAGGGUUUACGGAGUACCUUGUUAAGUGGAAGAACUACUCUACCAAGUGGAAUACGUGGGAGCCGGACGAGAAUAUUCUAGACAAACAGCUGAUAAUGGCGUUCGAGGGACACAGCGAUCUCUCAGACUUGAAACAACUGAGACAACGUCCGAGAUACACCUCGGAUACAGAGUACGCUGACCUCAAGGACACUGAUUACUCGCCGGCAAGUAUCAGACGCAAUCAAGUAAGAGCAGCUAGGCUGUGCUCAGUACCGACUGGCUAUUGGAAAGAAACGAGAGUUGAGGACACCAGCAAAUUAACACCCGAAAGCGAACCAGUUUACAGACCAAAACGGAAGAGAACAUCCGACAGUUCAACGUCUAAGUCAGAAGCUAGUGACUGCAAUCCUUUGGUCGCUAAUUAUUUUACAGUCACAAAACCUCUCAUUCGACCUCCUUCCUUUGACAUCUCUCACAGAUCGAUAUCGGACUACGUUUUCAAAAUCGAAGAUAAGUGGAAGGAGAAGCGAGUACAAAAAACUAAAGUCAAGGUGCAAGGAAAGACAAUUACCAUACAGGAAUCUAAAUCUCCCGCUAACUUUUUCUGGUUUACUGGAAGACAAUCGAGGACAAAAUACACGAUUUAAUUGUUAAUUGAUUACAAUUACAAAUUAAUUGUAGAUUAAUGCAGAGAUCGACCGUGAUCCCGGUUCCGUAGCCGGGAUUGGACUUUUUAAUUUUACCAAAUCCCGGUCCCAGCCAAAAUACCAAUUUUACCGGGAUUUUGAAUGCAACUUCUAGUUCUUUAAAGA